AUGAUUCCUGUGCUGAUCUGCGCUUUGGUCUCCCUCAGUGUUGCACAAUCCAGCUUAAACAGUCUUUACCCUAACCUGGAGCACUCAAGAACCAUUUAUGUCUUAGAAAAUGGUCCCCAACUCUCAGUGGUGGCUGAUCUAUCCAAGGUGGUGUCAAGGCGGGGAGGAAAUGCAACUUUACCGUGCAAGAUCCACAGAGACCAAUCACUGCCCCCCAAUCCCAAGAUGAGGAUCAAAUGGACUAAACUGACCUCAGACUACCUUAAAGAGGUGAAUGUGUUUGUUGCCAUGGGUUAUCAUAAAAAGAGCUAUGGGCGUUUCCAUGGACGUGUCUACCUAGAAGGCUCCUCUCCGAUGGAUGCUUCUCUGGUCAUCACAGAAAUCACAUUAGAAGAUUAUGGAAAAUAUAAAUGUGAAAUCAUUGAUGGACUGGAAGAUGAAACGGUGGUUGUGUCCCUCGACCUUGAAGGUGUUGUCUUCCCCUACUUCCCUCGUUUGGGCCGCUACAACCUAAAUUUUUACAACGCAGAGCGAGCAUGUCAAGACCAGGAUGCCGUUGUGGCAUCCUUUGACCAGCUGUAUGAUGCAUGGAGAGAUGGAAUGGACUGGUGCAACGCUGGCUGGCUUAAUGAUGGCUCAGUGCAGUAUCCCAUCAGAAAGUCCAGAGAGCCCUGUGGUGGCAAGAACACGAGGCCAGGCAUUCGUAACUAUGGCCUGAGAGAUAAGGACAAGAACCAUUAUGAUGUGUUCUGUUUCACUUCCUACUUUAAAGGUAGGUUCUACUACCUGAUCCACCCAUCAAAGCUGACCUACGACGAGGCUGUCAAUGCUUGUCAACAGGAUGGUGCUCAGAUCGCCAAGGUCGGACAGAUGUUUGCAGCCUGGAAACUUCUAGGCUACGACCGCUGUGAUGUUGGCUGGCUGGCAGAUGGCAGUGUCCGUAGUCCUAUCUCUCGCCCCCGACGACGCUGCAGUCACUCAGGAGCUGCAGUGAGCUUUUAUGGUUUCCCUGACAAGAAGCACAAGCUGUAUGGAGUGUACUGCUUCAAGGGCCAAAACUGAGCUACAGACGCUAACCUCCAAACCCUUACAUAUAGCACACAAGCAUGCACAAACAUACACACUAAUGAACACAAUAGAGGAAUAAAAGUACCUAAAAUGGGACUUUAAUGUGUGGAUAUACACAUUCACACUGUGAUGCUUUAUUUCAUGAAAAGCUUAAGACAUUAAUGAUGUUGGUUUGUAUUCUAGGAAUUAUUUCUUCACAAAAUAUGGUUUACAUAUGUUUAAAGUUUAUAUGAUUUAAUAAUUUAAUCCAUGCCUGGGUUAUUGUGUAGGGUCAGGAUUGGAAUAUAUAGCUGCAGCAAUACUUUGAUUCAAGAAUGAAUGAGACUUACAAAAAAAUGGAGAAUUGCAAAAUGACUCAUGGUUGGACUAAAACUCUGGGCACUUACUUUGUUUUUGGUCAAGAUAUUGGAACGCUAACAUGAACCCAAGAUUAAAAAAAAUUAAAAAAAGAAAGUAAGUAAACUUGAUUUCUGUGACCU